AUGAGCAUUUGGGUAUUCUUCCUUCUAACUUUGGCCUAUGUAAAAUCACAACGUGUGAGACCAACAACACUCUCAACAACACCAAAACCAUCAAUUAGUUUAGCAUCAAUUACACAGCUUCAUGUGUUUUCACCAAGUUCAGAAACUGUCAUACCAUUUGAUCCUAAACAAGGCUGGUUACUCAGUGAAGAGACGAGUCUUCGUCUUUACAUAAGUGGUACAAAUCUUCAAAAUAGUUCCAUUGCUUUUUCAUCGGUAUUACAUCAAUGUACAUCAAGUGACUUUAUUUCACCGACGUAUCAAUUAUCAUCCGACACGAUCAUUGAGUUGAAUGUCAAACUUAAAAAUCCAUCACACACACAUACCACAGUAUUCCUUUGUCUUCUUCCACCAACAAAAUUCGUAUUAAACAAAACGCAAACUGAGAAUGGAACUCAACUUGAAGGAUCGUAUUUUACAUUUAUUCGAGAGAAAGGUCGAAUACCAUUUGCAGUGAAAAUCUGCUUGAUUCUGAUGCUAUUUCUCGUCUCAGGCUUUUUCAGUGGAUUAAAUUUGGGUCUAAUGUCUUUGAGUGUCAAUGAUUUACGUCUCAUUGCUGAAUCCGAAGACUCUUCCAUGCGUCAUUACGCUCAACGUGUUUUACCAUUACGAAAACGAGGAAAUUAUCUCCUCUGUUCAAUUGUCAUCGCCAAUGUUCUUGUUAAUUCUUUGGGUACAGUUCUACUUGACUCACUUGUUCAUGGUCUAUUCGCUGUUAUCGGUGCAACAGUAAUGAUUGUUCUUAUGGGUGAAAUUAUUCCACAAGCUAUUUGUUCUCGUUAUGGAUUAGUUAUUGGUUCACAUACAUAUGUUGUUACAUGGACAUGUAUGAUCAUUACAGGAAUUAUUUCGUAUCCAUUAGGAUUUAUUUUGGAUAAAAUCCUUGGACAAGAAGUAACGUCUUCAUAUACACGCGAUCAGAUUGCCGGUAUGUUGAAAAACAUUAGUGCAGAUAUCGAAAAGCCUGAAUUGGAUGUUAUUACGGGUGUACUUUCAUUACGAAAGAAAACAGUCAAAGACGCAAUGACAUGGUUACCGGAUGUUUACGCACUUGAUAAAGAUAGGAAGACUGAUGCGGAACUUUUACUUGACGUACAUAAACACGGAUUCUCACGUAUACCUGUUUAUGCUAAUGAAAAAUCAAAUAUUAUUGGAAUUGUUAAAUUACGAGAUUUUGCUUUGAUCACACCGGAACAGUAUCAUUUAACAGUGAAAAAUCUCUUGGAAUUUCAUACUCAUGCAUAUGGUUUCGCAAAAGCAGCGAAUUCUUUGUAUGAUCUGUUGCAGGAAUUUCUGAAAGCUCGUUGGCACAUUGCUCUUGUACAAGAACCACAUUAUGAAGACGGCAAUCCUGAUCCAAUCGAUAGAACUGUUGGUCUUAUAACUCUUGAAGAUGUUAUUGAAGAGAUGUUACAACGAGAAAUCAUUGAAGAGACAGAUUUCUAUACUGAUAAUCGCCAAAAGAUCCCACGUAAACGCGCGAAAACAAUGGAUUACACAGCUUUGGUCAAACGAACGGUCAAAGGUCCGGCAAUUAGUCCGCAAUUGAAAAUAGCUGUCUUCCAAUUCUUGAGCACAAAUGUUCAACCGUUUACAUCGGGUUUUAUUUCUCAGGAGAUUUUGAAAAUUCUUCUGAAUUACAACCUCUAUGCGACUAUUAAACGGCCAGUGAAUCAGUCGACCAAUGCAAUCUUUUUGUACAAAAAAGAUUUUCGCUAUGAACUAUUCACAUUGGUCAUUCAAGGCAAUGCGAUGUUAGAAUCAGGCGUUGAUCGAAUUAUGUCUACCGUUGGUCCAUUUAGUUACUUCGCUCCUACAGUGUUACUUUCAGAAAACAAAACAGUGAAAGACAUUCACGAUUUACUUGACCGAUUGUUUACAAUGAAUCCGAAAACGAAUAAUGUUCUCGAUUUAGUCGAUGAAAUAUCUCCCGUAUUCGUUUCGGAUUACAAUUUGAUUAUCAACAGCGAAUUACACAUUCUCCAAAUUCAUCGACUUGUUUGGUUAGCAGCUGUUCGCGCAACUCAACGACAACGCGGUAAAGAUCCUCAACAUAAACGUUUGUCACCCGAACAACUACUCAGCAACGCACUUGAUGAAAUUUCAUCGAUAACCAAUGUACCGAUUGACAAGAACAAUCUAACUAAUUUCCAACGUAUAUUCCGCAAUGAAAAAGACAUUCCUAGGUAUACGACACAAACGACAACGGAUAAUCCUAUUACACCGGAUCACCCCACGAACUCCGCAGCAUCAUCAGUUUUCAAAGCGGUUCACUCAUUGGACGUCAACAAACCAACAACAUUGAAAGAACCCGACAGUUCCAAACGAAAACAUUCGCAAACCGCUUCAGCGAUUGUUUGCAAUCCACUUCUGUUAAGUCAAAUAAGUGAUGAUUCACCCACUGGAAAUCCAUCAAAUCUGGCCGGUGAUCAACGUUCAAGCAUGUCAAAUAGUCUCACUGAUGGCACAUCCAAUUCAAACAUGAACAUCAAUCAAAUCUUUAGUAGUUCAAAUGAACGAACAAACGAUGGUGAUCAUAACGAUGAAAAAGACUAUUUAAUUGGUCAAGGUCGUUCUCUACGUCGGCAACAACAUCGAACACCAGCUACUAAUUUAUUUCAUGCUCAUUCCGAUAUAAAUGUUCUCUCCUCACCUGACCGAAAUGAAACAUUGGGUCACAACAACAUCAAUAAUAAUAAUAACACAAAUUCAUCUGCUCAAACUCGACGUGCACGUUCAUUGUUAGCUACGACAAACUGUGUUCCGUCAUGA